AUGUUCCAACGGACUUUCCUCAGACAGGCCCGGGCCGCCCGGUCACCUCUAGCCACCAUCACCUCCACAACCGUUACUCCGCUUGCCCUCCGCCCGGCAUCGCGCUUCCAAACACAGCUACCCGCCAUCGCCCAGGGAUUUGCGCCCCGUGGCCGCUUCUACUCUACCGAGCCGGAGCAGAAGGAUGCUCCUAAGGAGGAGCAAGCCCAAAAGAAGAUCGAGGAGAAGGAGAAGGAGAUCAUUGACCUGAAGGACAAAUACCUCCGCUCCGUCGCCGACGCCCGUAACCAGCAAGAGCGCAGCAAGCGUGAUAUGGAUGGUGCCAAAAAGUUCGCUAUCCAGGGUUUCGCCAAGGACCUCCUCGAGAGCAUUGAUAACUUCGACCGCGCGCUGCUGGCCGUGCCCGCGGAGAAGCUCACCGCUGCCGAGACUGAGGAGAACAAAGACCUGCUCGAUCUCGUCGCCGGCCUGAAGAUGACCGAGAACAUCCUCAUGAACACCCUUGAGAGGCACGGUCUUGAGCGCUUCGACCCCGGCGAGUUGGUCGACGGCAAGCCCCAGAAGUUCGACCCCAACCUGCACGAGGCCACCUUCAUGGCCAAGUCCGAGAACCACGAUGACGGCGCUGUCAUGUACGUCCAGAGCAAGGGCUUCCGUCUCAAUGGACGUAUUCUCCGCGCUGCCAAGGUUGGCGUCGCCAAGAACAACUAA